CUUCUGUUACAGAUUUCGUCCCCCUGUGCACCACGUGUCAACUACGAGCUGCCAAUCAGCACAGAGAGCCCACAGAAGCAUGUAGACACCACAGGCUCCACCAAGUCCUCCAGAAGUAGCCUGUCCCGCCGCCGCCCAUCCAGGAGCUUCAGUUUGAUGCACAACAUGGAGGACAGCUGUGAGCUGGAUCUCACCUACAUCACCGAGCGCAUCAUCUCCGUCACCUUCUCCGCAGGGACAGAAGAGGCCAACUUCUCCAGGAACCUCAAGGAGGUGGCACAUAUGCUGAAGUCCAAACAUGGGGACAACUACCUGAUCUUCAAUCUGUCUGAGAGAAGACAUGACAUCAGCAAGUUACAUUCUAAGGUGCUGGAUUUCGGGUGGCCGGACCUCCACGCCCCCGCACUGGAGAAGGUCUGCAGCAUCUGUAAAGCGAUGGACACCUGGCUGAACGCAGAUCCGCACAACGUGGUCGUCAUCCACAAUAAGGGCAACCGUGGACGGACUGGUGUGGUUGUUGCAGCGUAUAUGCAUUACAGCAAUAUAUCCGCCAG